AUGAAUAUUAACAUUGCAACCCCGUUCCAUAUACUACAAUGGUACACAUAUAUUGUGAUGAUAUUUAUAUUUCAAUUAGUUAUUAUUUUCCCACUUUCAUGUAUAAUAUUUAAUGAUUUAUACAAUAGAUUAAUAUCGUUAGAUUCUAUUCAAACGAUUCCAUUAAAUACACUGGUCACACCACAGAAUUAUAGGUUUGAACAAUCUUUUAUCAGAUAUGACUUCAGCCCGUUGCCUCAAGUGUUACGUAGUGGGAUUCCUCAAUUGAUUCCGUUACGUUCAAGCGUUGAUUAUUCAUUAGAUAUGAAGAUCGAGUUUUAUUGUCAACAUAGGUUCUAUUCAAAUAUGAAAUAUAAAAGUAAUAUGGAAAUAAUGGAUACUGUAAAGAUCAAAAUUUGGAUAAACAAUGACCCAAAAAACCAAUUAUUGUAUCAAGUUAAAAUGCCAGUAAUUUGUUCGAAUAAAGAUACAAGUGAAUCAACUCUUUCCUUGUCAUCGACAUAUAAGUCAUUCAAAGGGGAUCAGUUACUAUCAAAUAGAGAAAUUACAGAUCGUACCAAAUCGUUGCUUUCAGGGACCAAACGGUCUUUCAUGGACUUAUAUCACGACCACUGGUUAAACAAGUUUUCAAUAAGGGAUACAAUCAAGAUCCCUACGUGGGCGAAGAGUGUCCAUAUCCAAUUUGAUUCAAUUUCUACAUUUACCGUACCUAAGACAGAUGUAUUGACAGAUUCGAUCGAUAACCAAAUGAACGUUAAUAUAAUGAAACGUUUGACAUUUGAACCCGAAUCGUCUAUUCUACAAUUUAGAACAAUCUAUGAGCAAGGGAUAAGGAAUUUUAUGUUGGUUCACUCAUGGAUCACAUAUGCAAUUGGUGUUACCAUUGUACACUCUAUUCUAUUGAUUGUAUUUUUACUGGUGGGACUUUACUGUUUUUAUAAAAUUCUUACAAUGAGACCAAGUUCCAAACCAGUAAAAUAA